GUGGUCACUGUCACGUGACUUUGAAAGGAAACAAAAAUAAUUGCAGCCAUGAUGGUGGGUGGAGAUAUUUAUUACUUAUUAAAUUGCUUAUGUUAACAUAAGAAAUGGCAUUGAAACUUAUACGAUUUUUUAUACAUUCUGCAGGAUGGAAUUGACGACAGCCCUGACCUCUUGGCAGAGGACCAAGAUAAUAAGGUAAUCAUAUUCUUCAAUUAAACAAAAGAUGGCAUCAGUAUGAAGUAUGAUGAGUGAUGAUGAUGAUGGAUGUAUUUUGUAUAAUUAAAUUUUAUAAUAUAAUCAUAAUAAUAAUAUAGCCUAAUAUAAAUAGUAUAAUUAAUGUGUAAUAUUUAUUAUAAUUAUACCAAUAAUAAUUGUAAUGAGUUGGCGGAUUUUAAGAUUAAGCCAAAUGACUAAUGAUGAAUUUAAGAGGUUUAAAGAAGUAUAGUCUGAGUAACUGAGUAUGAGUAACCUAAUUUUAAUUAAAUAUUUGGCUAACUGACUAAUUCGUAAUAAAUCAGGCACAUUGUUGUUACCCGAAACUUGCUCUUGAAACUAAUAGGCGAGUAGUUAAGAAUUUUUACUUGACGCAACAUUGAAUAACACUUACUGAAAAGACACUAAUAACAAACUGUCAGUAAACUCAUACUUGACAGGCCAGACACCAUUUUGCACACAUUCAUCAUUGAUUUUCUUGGCUGCCAUCAUCAUUGCUUAAUUAAAGCAGGCCUGCAUAACAUGAGGGGCUGCACUUGGCGGCCCCCGAAGUAACGAAAUAUUCUUUAUUAUUAUUAUUUUCUUAAUAGCUUUCGCCCCGUCCUAUUAUCUUUCGGCCUGCACAAGUUUUUCAUAAAGAACUACGGCCCACCUUACCUUUUGAGUAGUGCAGGCCUGGCUUAAAGCAUCAUUAAAUGACUCUGCAACAAGCAGGCAGACUAGAAACAAAAAUGUUGUCCAAAGCAAAACUGUAUAUUUAAACCUAGUCCAAACCCUAAAAUGAGUAACCCUAAUCCCAAAAAUGAGAAUCCCUAACCCCCCAAAAUGAGUCGGCUAACUCAGAAAAGAGGACCCCUAAUAGGGUGAACCCUAUAAUUUAUCGGCACCAGCUCUUCUGACAUAAACCACCAUCUUCCAUGUGUGCUACACAGGGUGGUGAAACUACUACUUUAGUCUACUACCUGAGGAUGGCAACUAAUUAAUUAAAAAUGAAUUAUUGGUGAUUGAGGCUAAUGUGCACAUAUGUAAUAAUAGUAUGGCUACUAUGACGUAUAAUGUUUAUUACAAGUUGACCUUUUAGUUUAAAGCCUAGGAUUAAAAACAAUUUUAAAAAAUCAAACGAUUCAUAGACAGGAUAGACAUCACCAAAUAAUGCAGAAGUUGUUGUUCAGAUGUAGACAAUGUAGCAUACAAUUUUAGGCACAAGCAGUAAAACAAACUACUUUAUUCUGGUGAUUAAUAGAAUCCAAUGCUCCCUAUGCAUGUUUUGCCAUGGACAGAGAUUAUUACUUCCUAAUUCAAUUUGGCCCUGUGCUGGCCCAGUCUCAUAAGUGGAUGCUACAUACUGCACACCACUAUUAUAGACACUAAGAUAGAUAUUUAUUAUAUAAAGUUGUAAUCUGGGGCUAUUGGUGCGUUGUCUGCCAUAUUCUAGCCAGGGCCUAUUGCAAAAAACUCAGUCACUUUGUCCAUCAUUUGUAUUCAAAUUCAAAGCAGUUGGACGUAGUGAAGGGUGGAAAGGACAGUAGGGAUUCCAUCUCCAUUCAAGAAUUACAAAACAAGCUAUUUUAUUACUUACCAAAGUUGUUUUAAAAGAAAAAAUAUAUUUACAGGCAUUUUCCACAUGCAAAAAGCUUAAGUUCUUACAAAGUUUAGUACUAUUCAUUAUUUAAUGGAUUGAAUAAGACUGGUAAAGAUAAUAAAAUGUUGCUAGGACUUGGCUGGAGAUUUCUGAAGUAUGCCUGCUUUUAAUGAAAAUUUUGUAAAACAUGUGUCACACAUCAUAUGUCAGAUCCCCUGUUAAAAAGUAGCUGAAAUUCAUAUAAGCAUCACUAAUUUAACAAUGUUGGAAGAGGCUGAAAUUCAUAUAAGCAUCACUAAUUGAAAAACAUUUCUAAAAAUAAAAAAAAGGUUUAGACAUACUUAUAGUUAAUAUAAUUAGGGGAGUGAUUUGAGAAUGUUGCUUGCUAUCAGUCAGAAACAAAACCAAAGUUGUGAACAAAUGCAACAGGUUGGCCUAUUUAUUAUUUACAAACUGUGUUGUGGUUGAUUGGUGGACAUAGCUACAUGUAGAGCAGAAUGAAUAUCCAUGAUAUCAUAUUUUGAUAUAUGGAAGCUAAUUGAUAAAUUGAAUAAGAUUAAGGUAGUUUGAGCUAGUUUUAAAUAUCCUGCUGCCGCUUAAGAAUCCAAGUUUUAAUAUUACAAAUUUUUCAUUUCUAGUAGAGUCUUAUCUGAUAUACAAUUCUUCCCUCCCUUCUAGCUUUUAUUCUGCCAAAUCAAAUCAUUCAUUGCAAACCAUCUUUCCUUGCAAGGAAGAUGUAUUUAAAAAAUUCCUAUAUAAAUCUUAUUUAGACCAGGUCAGACACUGUGGACCUCACAGAUACCUCCCUGAUGGUGGAUAUAUCAGAUGCUCUCAGUGAAAGGGAAAAGGUUAAAUUCACUGUACACACUAAGGUAUGCAGGUUACACAUACUUAUUUUAAAAAGUUGACUAUUUGUUGUCUGUUCUGAGACUACCAACUUAUUCUUAAAUUGUUUCCAGAAAAUAACUUAUUCUUAAAUUGUUUCACAUGCCCUUAUUGUGAAACCAGUCGGAAUUCGUUAAUUUUAUAAAGGCCUUCCUUUUCGCUGAACCAUGCAUGUUCAAAAUUUGAAACAUUGCACGCUUAUAUGCCUGUGAUCAUUUUUCAUUUUGAUUUAUAAAAUAAAUAAAUAUUAAUACAAUUAACCAUUUCCUUUCCAGACGACACUCCAGCACUUUAAGAAUUCUGAGAUGUCAGUUGUGAGACAACAUGAAGAAUUUGUUUGGUUACACGAUCGAUACGUAGAAAAUGAAGAAUAUGCUGGAGUUAUUGUAAGCCAUUUUUCAGCAUCUUUCUUAAAACAUUUCUUAAGAACCUCUUCUGUGACCACCCAAACACAAUUGUCAUCAGAUAUAUAGUCUCUUAUUUUCUUUUGGUUAAAAAUAAUAGUAAUAUCAGUCCCAGAGAUUAUCCUGAUGUCAACAACAGAAAACCUGUUUUUCUAUUAGUGAGGAGGCUAAAGUAAGUGGUAAAGAAAACAGCUAAGCAGAGCUGUCAUGUGGGCCCCAGUGUUUGCAGGAGCCUCAGAUAUUAAAGGGGCCCAAAACUGUGAGGUAAAAAAAAAAUAGUACAAAUUAAUUUCUCUAGAUAACUGAUUAGUAAUUUCAUCAUUUGAAGGGGUCAUCAGACUGGCGCACCCCCCCAUGCCUGAAAUGGCUGCGGUCGCCCAUGUUAGUUUCACUAACGCAGUUUCGGAUAUAGCUGGAAUUAACUUAUAUUUCCCUCAAAGUUUGGGGCCUGGUGAUGUAAUUGUUUACACACAGGAACUCUCAAACCAGUGAUUGGAGUUUCAGUCUCGAUGGAUUGACACUGUUUUUUUUUUCUCAAUAGCUUUUUAGACAAAGGGUAGGCCUAAAUAAUUCGAGGUAGGACUUCUCAACCUUUAUUAGACCAAGGACUAUUUUGAUGAUGACCAUUGACCUCCUCGUAGAUUGAGUAUUAAAAUUACAAAGGAAAAGCAGCUCACUGACCCAGUGACACCUUCUCUAUUGACCACAGGUUGAGACCCUGCUCCAGAGCAGUGUUUCCCAAAUGUUUAUGUUUGGUAGACAGGAUGAUAAGUUUCCAAGCGCUUCACAGAUUGGUGCCAGCUUUAUUAAUUAGCAAUUCAGCCAAUGCGAGAGACAUGGAAUGAGCAUCACCAUUUAAUGCUAGCUAUUAUAUGUUAUUUUGGUAUUGCUAUGACACUCUACUUAAUUUUCAUACAGUUCUUUUUUGGCUUCAUAACCAGGGAGGGGGGGGGGGUCGAAAAUUUCUGCUGCCAUGCCUUUCUGAGUGCUUACUCACACUAUGAUGGAGAAGGUGAAUUCAAUUAAGUUUAUACAUUUAUUUUCAGUAUUGCUAUGACACUCUACUUAAUUUUCAUACAGUUCUUUUUUGGCUUCAUAACCAGGGAGGGGGGGGGGGGUCGAAAAUUUCUGCUGCCAUGCCUUUCUGAGUGCUUACUCACACUAUGAUGGAGAAGGUGAAUUCAAUUAAGUUUAUACAUUGAUUUUCCUAAAGUUAUACUUGAUUAGAUUUUUCACUUUGUGCCAAAAAUUUUAAGUAUUUUUUUAACAUUUCAUAUCUAUUGAUGUGCUAAAUAAAAGGGAACAUAGAAAUUAAUUCUAAUAUUAAUUAACAUUUUAAUCGCAGUCGGGAUAAUUCUUCACUUUUAGAAAUGGUCAAAUAGUUAUAUUUUGAGAGAACACUUAUAGUGGUUGUAUAUUUUCAGAUCUUAAGAAGAUUCAAAUUUCUAGCUAUCUAUACGUCUUAUAAGAACACCAAGUAUUUUUUGGGACAAAUCUUUGCAUUUAUAAUAUAAAAAAAUAAACAAUAAUUUAAAAACAGAUUCCUCCAGCACCCCCAAAGCCAGAUUUUGAUGCGUCCCGUGAAAAGCUGCAGAGACUGGGUGAGGGUGAGGGAACUAUGACGAAAGAAGAAUUUACCAAAAUGAAACAGGAAUUAGAGGCGUAUGUAUUAUUACAUUUUUAAGAAAUUCACCUUUCUGUCCCACGAUAAGGAUUAAGACCUGGUCAGUUAAGAUUAAGGUUGAUUUUAAAAUAAUACUUUUUGUAUGAAAUCGUUUAGAGAACUCUGAAUUAGUUUCAAUUCUAUUAAUAAACUGCGAGACUUGCAGACGAGACUGCCACGCCUGCAUGGUCUCAUAAGCUACUUGGGGUAAGGCUAAUAAUUCAGAAGGUGGACCGGGUUCAGCCCGUGUUACCCUGCAUAUUUGGCUCUCAUGGAUUAGAGUUUAUUUGUCAAUGGCCUUCACAUGUGCCAGCGUCCACGUCUCUCAUGGAUUAGAGUUUAUUUGUCAAUGGCCUUCACAGGUGCCAGCAUCCACAUCUCUCAUGGAUUAGAGUUUAUUUGUCAACGGCCUUCACAGGUGCCAGCGUCCACGUCUCUCAUGGAUUAGAGUUUUAUUUGUCAACGGCCUUCACAGAUGCCAGCGUCCACAUCUCUCAUGGAUUAGAGUUUAUUUGUCAACGGCCUUCACAGAUGCCCGUGUCCACAUCUCUCCUGGAUUAGAGUUUGUCAACGUGACUCUGUUUCUAUACCUCCCUUAAUUCUGUAGUGCCCAUUCAGCAACUGCUUCAGUGCCCAUUCAGCAACUGCACGCAUUGCCCAUUCAGCGACUGCCUAGUGUCCAUUCAGCGACUGCCUGCAGUGCCCAUUCAGCGACUGUCUGCAGUGCCCAUUCAGCGACUGCCUGCAGUGUCCAUUCAGCGACUGCUUGCAGUGCCCAGUCAGCGACUGCCUGCAGUGCCCAUUCAGCAACUGCCUGCAGUGCCCAUUCAGCAACUGCCUGCAGUGCCCAUUCAGCGACUGCCUGCAGUGCCCAUUCAGCGACUGCCUGCAGUGCCCAUUCAGCGACUGCCUGACUUCUUAACCAAAAGAUCAUUUGAUUGGCUGUUUUAUUGGGAUCGAUGCGCCUGCUUAAAUUGAUUAUGAAUAUAAAUAAUUAACUAUAAAGGACCAUUUUGUGUAAAAGGGUUCAAGAGAAAUGCACCAGCCAUUUCCACUAUGCAAAACAUUAUACUUCUAGCUGAUGGUAACUACUUGUGGCAUUUUCUCACUUUGUACCAUAAUAUGCCUAAGUAUUUUUAUUGCCAAUCAUUUGCAGAGAAUAUCUAGCAACCUUUAAGAAAACUGUGGCCAUGCAUGAAGUAUUUCUUCAAAGACUUGCUUCCCAUCCAGUCUUGAGAAAUGAUGUUAAUUUUGAAGUAUUUUUGGAAUAUGCAGGAGACGUAAGCUAAACACACAUUAUAUUUAUAACAAUGUUUAAUUUUUUUAGAAGUCUCUGCAGUUCCUAAGUAUGUUAGUUCUUGCUAAUAAGAAAAGUUGCAGCAUAGAGCAGUGGUUUAAGUCUUAGAGUCUUAGUUGUAAUCAUAGUAGUGUUUUGAUGAAUUACAAAUUUGACUUUUUAGAAAUAUAGGUUUGGUUGUUUUAAGCAAACUGCUUAAUUUAUUGCAGAUGAGUGUAAGAGGUAAAAAUAAGAAAGAGAGACUUGGUGGUUUUUUUAAAAGCAUUACAAAGACAGCAGAUGAAGUUCUAAUAUCAGGUCAAAAGGUGAGUUUUCUUGAAUGCCAGAACUCUUUUAAUUUUAAGUUAAGUUUGAUUGGGAAUGAAGCAAAAUCACAUGGGACUAAGUGAGCGGACUUGUGGAUGAGUGUUGAUGAAUCUUCUAAGCAUUUCUAGCAUUGGCUGGUGAUUGAUCAUGUUGAAGUCUUCAACCGACUCUUGAAACAUAGGUGCUAUUCUAAACCCCGUCUGCGACUAAAGCAUGAUCCCUAUAGAGCAUUUUGAGGGUCCCUAUAAUAGCCACCUGAAGAUUUGAGAUCAUUCUGAACACAGUGCUACACAGGUAACAAAUAAAGGUGUUGUAUACUAAUUCAGGAAGCUUGAAAGCAUUUACCUUCAGCGUCAUAAUCAUUUUGGUCAAAUGGAACACCAAGGGCAGUAAUGUAUAAAAUAACUUCACAUGAUUGUAAUUAUGAUAACAGCAUUCAACGUAGACGCAAGUUACAUGUGCCAAAUGAAAUUAGGAUGUAGUCGGCAAAUUGCAUUUUUCAGAGCAGAGCUGUUAACUUUAAUAAAAUAGUUUAAACAUUGGUUUCCAACUUUUAAAUUAAAUUGUUUAACUUUAUUCGGUAAAAAUGAUGGAAUUUUGUUUUUUUUGCUUCCUUUUUAUUUUUGAAGAUGCAACGCUUUGAUCAGUGUUAAUAAAGUAGGUAAAGUUCUCUAAAUUUUGGGCCUCAUUUAACAAACUUUACUUCUUUUUGAUGAUAUUUGUCAAAGCCAUUCUGUUUUGUUUUAUUAAAUAGAUUAUGUAGCAAUGACUUGAAUACAAAUAUGAUUUCUCAAGUCUUCUUUUUUUUGCAGGAUGUUGAUGAGUUCUUUGAAUCAGAAAAAGUUUUUCUUAUAGAAUAUCAUAACAAAAUAAAAGAUGCUACGGGGAAAGCUGAUAAAAUGACAAAAGUUCACAAAAGUAAGUACACCAGACUCUUAUUGAAACAUUGAAACAAACUUUAUUGAUGAACAAAGUAAUUUGCCGGGUUUUUUUCUGUACUAUUUUGAUAGUGAGCUGCCCUGAUGUUUGAAGCUAUACUUGGUGUUGUAGUUAACAUUUUUUUAAAAAAAGGUGGUGAUGUAACCUUAUUGUGGAUUCUAGGCCAGGCCGUCGUAACCUUAUUGUGGAUUCUAGGCCAGGCCACCAUAACCUUAUUGUGGAUUCUAGGCCAGACUGCCGUAACCUUAUUGUGGAUUCUAGGCCAAGCCGCCAUAAGCUUAUUGUGGAUUCAAGGAGCCAAGCUGGUUUCUUGAAGUUGGAUUUGCCCAAACCCCAGAUUGUCAAAUGAAUGAUCUAUUCAUAAAAACAUGGUUUUGAAUUACACUGGCAGAUUAAGGGUCAUACUGUUCACUUGUUUUUUUUUUAUUAACAUAAAACAUUUUUGUGUUAUAAUAAAUCGACCGAUCUGCCUUUCACUGAUUUCACUGUUGAUGUUUAGAGAUGGUGUCGUAUAAGCCCAUAUUAUAGUUAAUGGUGUCAUAUUAACAUAUAAUGGCAAAAAUGUAUGUUAAAAUGUUGCACAUUAGAUAUGUGUGCAGUUUUUCAUGAACACUUUAUAUGUACACAUUGCAACAAGAAAAAUUCAUGAAUAUUUUCUUUAAAAAAAUAAACUGACACUUAAACAAAAAUAACUUCUUUAAAGUCAGAUUUUUGUCAACUUUUGAUUAUUUCAUCGAUGAAUUAUUUUAUUUUAUGACCCAGUUUAACGUUAAAUGUAAUGAAUAGUAACCCAUUGGUUAAUUUUGCCAGCUCUAGUAAUACAGUUUCCUGUAUUGGAAUUAAUUCCUGUGAAAUAAUUACUGUCUGCCUCCACAGAGUUUAUUAGAUUACUGUUUUAAAACCCUAUUUGUCACCAAAUUGGGGGGAAACGACACUCUGCCGAUUAUGAUUAACAGUUUGCAUUAUGCUUGGACAUGGCAUUUUAUUACUUCUUUGUUUUUCAAACAAAAAGUUAUUGAUUCGCAUUAGGGCUGAACCAGUGCAGUUUUUUUUUACAUCAGGUCCGGGUAUUUUAAGACAAUACCCCAUGGGUGUUACAAAGAGUUGUCUUCUCAUUUUCUAUAAAGUUUUAAACCUAGUGGGGAAAAGUGCAUGUAUGGGUACAGUAGCAACCACGAAGUUAUCAAAUUUGAAGGCUUCAAAACAAAAGCUUAAUCAUAUAGUUCUUGCCCAGCAGAUCUCAACCUUUACAGUGUUGCAACCCCUGUAUAACAUGAGCCAAGUUGUGGUGACCCACAGCCAGAAUUAUACCUUGAAAUUAAGAAACAGGUGUUAAGGGGGAGAGUAGAGCUUUUUUUGUUGAUAACAGGGUGUUGUUGAUGUAAUUUUGAUCGGUUGGGGGGAGGGGGUGGAUCGGUAAGUCAAUCCCCAUAAAAGUUUUGAUCAAUUCAAAUGCCUGGAUUGCAGUUUACCAUGGAAGCCACCAACUUUUCCGUUUAGCCUGCCUAAAAAAUGAAACACAUUGAAAAAAAUCAGUUUGGGGGAAAAGUUAUUUGUAAUGAAAAUUUUUUUUAAUGAAAAGAAACUUCUAAAAUAUUUUUUAUUACACAGCUGAUAUCCAUUGAACAAAUUAUACAAUUAUACUUUUUAUUUUACAUAGCUGAAGUGUAGUCAAAUCAUAGUAACAAUAAGGAAAUAUCCACUACAUUGUAGUCAUAGUGUAGUAAUAGUAAGAAAAUAUCUUCUGCAUAGUAGUCAUAGUUUAGUAACAGUAAGAAACUUUUCGCUGCAUUGUACUCAUAGUGUAGUCAUUGUGUGGUCAUCAUGUAGUCGUAGUUUAGUAAUGGUAAGAAACUAUCCACUGCAUUGUAGUCUUAGUGUAGUUACAGUAAGAAACUAUCCACUGCAUUGUAGUCAUAGUGUAAUAACAGUAAGAAAUAUCCACUGCAGUGUAUGGGACUUAGCCUUAUCUAGUUUCACUGUUGAUCUCGGCUGAUCAAAGGGGACUUAGCCUUAUCUACUUUCACUGUUGAUCUCGGCGGAUCAAAGGGGACUUUGCCGUAUCUAGUUUCACUGUUGAUCUCAGCUGAUCAAAGUUUCACUGUUGAUCUCGGUUGAUAAAAGGGGACUUAGCCUUAUCUAGUUUCACUGUUGAUCUCGGCUGAUCAAAGGGGACUUAGUCUUAUCUAGUUUCACUGUUGAUCUUGGCGGAUCAAAUUGGACUUAGCCUUAUCUAGUUUCACUGUUGAUCUUGUCUGAUCAAAGGGGACUUUGCCUUAUCUAGUUUCACUGUUAAUCUCGGCGGAUCAAAAGGGACUUAGACCCCAUCUAGUUUCACUGUUGAUCCUGGCAGGUCAAGGCCUUCUGUUCAAUCAUUGUGGACUUAGCCUUAUCUAGUUUCACUGUUGAUCUCGGGGGAUCAAUAAGUGUUAGAGUUUCUUCUGUUCCAGAAGUGUGUCCCACGUUCCUGCCUUGGUAGCUUUUCGAAGCGAAGUAGGCAAUCCCGGUCGUAGAAUCCGUGUGAUCUCUGUGAUGGUGAAGUAGAUUCUCCAGCGAUAAAUCAUGGGUGGUAAGAGUCCCUGAAUCUCGAGGUCCUUUAUCGUAGCCGUAGGUAGUUUGGUUUGAGACAUAAAACGAUCCCCUAGUUCCACCUUCAAGGUAUGUUGGUUCAGUAAGAAUAAACCAGGUAGUAUUCCAGAUUGCAGCUAAUGAUCACGCUAAUGAAGUCGUAAAUAUAGUAGGCUACAGAGUUCACUAUCAAGUAACAGGAUCAUAAAAGUCAGAUUCUGAUCUGCUCUUGCUAUUUAUUUAAGUCGGGUGAUGAUUUUAAUUGUUUUGUUUAAAAGUGUUUGUUCUCCCAUCCAAUGAUAAUCAUUCUCAUUUUACGGGUUUGACCUUCUGCCCAGAAAGUUUAUAAGGGAGAUGGGGUGUAUACAAAAAUCAUGAUUUUGCGUGAGCUGUCGCGCGUCUGAAUGCAAUAAUAACAAGGGAGACUACUCCGGUUAUCCUACUGCAAGGGCAAAACUGGGGGAGGGGGGGUAUUAUUUAAGGGCGAGUUUACGGUGGAAGAAUUUCACAAUGUCUAGCUUCAAACCAUUGCACAAGUGACCCCUAAUAUUUUGUCAGGCGACCUUCAAAGGGAGUAUAUGUUAAUGUUGCUGGUCACUGGUUGGUAGCAGUUUUCAUUUUUCUGAACAAACAUACACACAAUAUUUUAAUAAAUAUUAUCAUCAUCAUGGUGAUACCAUCCUAGCCUUCCUUCAGUUAAGUCAAGUGCCUCACUUAUAAAAUGGGUGUUAAAUAACAUUACUAUUAUUGAAUUCACUGACAGAACUUAGAAAUGAACACACUCUUUAAUUAUUCAGUAUCAUCACCCAGUCAGCAUGUAAAAUGAAUUAUAAAUUUUAAAUUUGAAGUUAAAUAUAGUUUCCCACCAAUAACUAAUGAGUUUUCUAUUAUUAUUUUUUUAAAUUCAGGCAAAAUGUAUAAAAACAUUAUGUUCUGUAUUUGUGUCAAAAGGGUUUAACACAUUAAAUAGAAUGAGCAGAUAUCUCUUUUUUUUUUUUUUUUUUUUUUUUCACACUUAAAAUUGUUUUUUUUUUUUUUUUUUUUUUACACACCUGAACCUGGUUUAAUUUUUUGCAGGAUCUUAAAAUAUAUAAGCUAUGUAAAGUUUAUAGCUAUAUUUAAAAUAUUUACAAUUUAAAGUUUGCUUCAUUUUUAAAAACAAAAUUAUUUAGGCAUUGUAGACAUUUAAAAUUUAUUUCUAUUUUAGGUGUUGCAGACUCCUAUAUUCAAAUUUCUACUGGGUUAGUUCAGUUGGCCACAAUUGAGAACACAGAACUCGAUAGGUAAUUAUGAUUUAUUUACAUUUAAUCAUUCUACUGCAUUCUUUUUUCAAAUCUAUCAAUAUUUGUUUUAAAUUAAAAUAAUGAGAAGAUGGCAAAAUAUUUUGUUCUGUGCCUUAAAAACCUUUGUUUCUUUUUAGCUGUUAUUGACAUAUUUUGUAGUUUGUAAUAGAUAGCCAAAGAUAUUUAUUAUAUUUAAAAGUAGUUAAAAACUCCUUUCAUAGUGAAAUGAUUGUAUGUCAUAAUGGGUAGUUUGUAAUAGAUAUCUAAAGAUAUUUAUUAUAUUUACUAUGGUCAAAUGGUUGGUUGUAUGCAAUAACUAAAGAUAUUUACCAUGGUCAAAUGGUUGUAUGCUAUAUUGGGUAGUUUGUAAUAGAUAACUCAUUUUCUGUUUCGGGUUGAUCCUGAAGUGUCAAAGUGUCCUCGUUUUAUAGCCAUUUUCAUUGUUUCUAUAGUAUAGUAGUUACUAUCCUAGUGUCUCAUUUGUAUUUACUUAGUUUACAUGUUUUAAUAAUUGUAAAGCGCUUAGAGCUUUAUGAUAAGCGCUAUAUAAAAAUGCCUAAAUAAAUAAAUAAAUAAAUAACUAAAUAUAUUUAUUAUAUUUACCAUGGUCAAAUGGUUGCAUGCUAUAUUGGGUAUUUGUAAUAGAUAACUAAAGAUAUUUAUUAUAUUUUCCAUUGUUAAAUGGUUGUAUACUAUAUUGGGUAGUUUGUAAUAGAUAAUUAAAAAUAUGUAUUAUAUUGACCAUGGUCAAAUGGUUGUAUGUAUUUAUUUCCAAUUAGAAAAAGGCUUGUGGAAGCCAUAUAAUUGUGUAUGAUUAAAGUUUGUUGCUAUCUUUCACCCAAAUAAACAUUUCCCUUCAUUGGCGAAAGCCCAACUACAAAGAAAAUGGACUAGAUAUUGGUCAACAGUAGAAAGCAGUUUGACUUUGAUGAAAGUAAAAUACUUAGUGGGGGAGGUGGGGGCUUCUACCCUAAACUGUAUCACUUUAAAUCCAUCAGUUUAUUAUUGAUCAUGCCCAUUAUUAACAAAUUUCAGAAUCUAUAGUAAAGUAGCAGAAGCCUUGGAGAAAGCAAGGGUAAGUGUUCAAUUAAAAAAAAAAGAAAGAAAGAUAUACGUCCAUUUUUGAUAACAAGAGAGCAGCAGGCGCCAAGCUAUACAAAGUCCAGAGGCCCUAAGCUCAAGCUUAUGAACUUAUUGGUAUAUCUGAGCCAGAUUGUGAGGCACUAAGCUGUAGCUUAUUUAGUUUUUUGGUCUAACUGAAACUAACAUUGUAAAUUCACUGUAAUCAAUUCUUCUUCUUCUUCUAUAUCUUAAGGGCCCACGAUCAAUUUAUUGAUCAUUUUGGCUCCUAUGCAUGUAGAUGGGAUUUGCAAUGUUUCUGUUACUGGUGGUGAUGAGGAAAUUAUGCACUAGGGGUUUGAAGGCUUGAGGCAAUAGACACAAUUGGUGACUGACUUCAGAUAUUUUUAAAACAUACUAACAGAACAUAUUUUCUCAAUGGAUAAAAGUGUCAAAAUUCAAUAAUUUUGUUUGAUUUACAAUCUGAUGUACAAUUUGAAUAAAUAAAGCCAUAUUUAUUAGCUAUUUGACGUACAAUUUGAAUAGAUAAAGCCAUAUUUUUUUUGCUAUUUGACAUACAAUUUCAAUAAAUAAAGCCUACCAAUAAAAUUAAUUUCCCUUCCUAACAUUUUUGUUAAGUGACUAAUGAUCGCAUAAAUGUUUAUAUCAUUUAUAUGCAACCGCAGGUGAUGUUUCUGAAAUAGUUUUCUUAACCGGUGUUAUAAGAAACAAGAUAUUAUAGAAAUGUUUGCUUUCAGAAAUUGCAAGGGCGAGUAGCAUCAGAUGAAGACUUGAAGUUAAGUGACACACUGCGUUAUUAUAUGAGAGAUUCUAUGGCAGCAAAGGAUUUACUUUACAGAAGAAUGAGAGCUCUAGUAGAUUAUGAAAAUGCUAAUAAGGCACUAGAAAAAGCCAGGACCAAGAACAAAGAAGUGGCUGCAGUAAGUCCACUAAUUGUGUUUGACAUUAAAUUUGUGUUGUUGCUCUGUUGUAAACCUCUUCACAUGUUCGUAAACUCUUAACGCUUAUUCUUUGUGCUGCUCAAAUUCUGGGCACUGGGGGGGGGGGCUAAUCAAAAUUUUAGUCUUAAUUAAAUAAGGCUAAAGGAAGUCGUAUAUCAUAGAGUCACAGAAAAGCAACUGCACUGGCAGCUGUUUAACCCUGUAAUUGUCAAGAGCAUUUUACUGUAGCGUCUGGACAUUUUUAGCAUUUUAUUAUGCUUGUCCAAAAUGAGGCGAGACUAAAUGAAUUCAGGGAUCCUUACAAGUAUACAUUUUCUGAAAGUAAAUUAGACAGGGUAUCUUAUGGUAUGAAAAAAAAAUGUUUUUAUAUUGUUAUGUUGAUAUUGACCUCGACCUUAACGGAGUGAGUAAAAUUUACUACUCAAAAUCUGAAUUCAUACUCCAUAAAUUGUUCAAACUAUUAUAAAAUCAAGUUUUUGAGAUAUUUUUUUAUAAAAUGUCAAUUUAUAGUUACUUAUAUUGAAAACUGUAAUAUUGUUUCAAAUUUCUGUCAUACAAAAUACGAAGGGGAAGGCAUGAAAUGAGUCCUAAAAUGCCUUUUCAACUGAAGUUAUUAAAUCCAUUUUUUUUAUUAAUUAAUACUCCGGUACAUACACAAACAUAAAAUGUCUUGAAGUAGGUCUUUGGGAUCCAAUUUUUGUCUUUCUUUAUUUCAUUUCCACCCUUUCCCAAAUGAAUUUGUCAGUAACAAUACGACUAAGCUCAGUGAUAAAAUUGUCAAUAUCGGACUCAUGUUGCCAGCACCGCUAGAGUAAAUAUUGUCAUUACAAGCAAGUGGAAUAUCUCUGAAUAAUUGCUUUCAUUUUAAUCCCAUUUGAAAUAAUUCAACAUCAGACAUGGUGGUCAAAAAUUUUAGAAAAUUUCACACUAGAUUAUUCAUACAAAAAUCUCAGAUAAAAUUACGUAACAGAAAUAGGAAGCAAACUCAUUUAUAUAGAGUGAUUUCCCCUUAAACACUGUACAUUAAAUCAUUCACAUAUUUUAUGACGAUUUUGCUAUCGGCCGUGACACCACAGAAAGGGUAUAAUGGCCGAUGAUCAGCCAUUUUGUGCAUAACAUAAAAUGAGCUCUGUAUUCUAUAGAAUGCCUAGGCAUAUCCUAAAAUGAGCUCUGUAUUCUAUGGAAUGCAUAGGCAUAUCCUAAAAUGAGCUCUGUAUUCUAUAUAAUGCCUAGGCAUAUCCUAAAAUAAGCUCUGUAUACUAUAGAAUACCUAGGCAAAGUGUAUUGAUGAAGAUAUUGUAUAGUUUUUUAUAUAUCUAAAACAUUCUAUAGAAUGCCUGGAUUUAACUAUUGUUCCUGUAACAUAUACAUAAUUGUUUUUGGUGGACUCUGUAUAUUUAUGAAUAUUACACUCAAAUGCUAGAGCACUAAAAUGUUGUAAUAAGGGGCCUUUUAAUUUAUCAAAAUAAUAUUGAGACUCCAACUUUGAUGUUUGACAUUAAUUUCCAGGCUGAGAAAACCCAAGAAUUAUGUUGCAAGAAGUUUGAAAAGAUUUCAGAAGUUGCUAAAAAAGGUUAGAAAAAUAUACUGUGUUUGAUGAGAUUAGAGAUAGUCUGUGUUUGAUGAGAUUAGAGAUUGACUGUGUUUGAUGAGAUUAGCGAUAGACUGUGUUUGAUGAGAUUAGAGAUAGACUGUGUUUGAUGAGAUUAGAACACCCAAGUAUCAGCUGCCAAUUUCAUCCUCAAAAGAAGCAUUUGAGUGUACAACAGACCUGUUUACUAUUAUGAUUUUGGCAUACACAUACAAUUUUGAGAUGUCUUUUACAAUUGUGCGCCAAGACCUGUCAGAACUACGAUUUUAAGAGACCAUGUUGAAAAUAUAUAUUCUGGAAGUUUUUCGGAUUUUACAUCAGCUUUACUCUAUUCCACUCUGCACCCGAUGCGAGUGGUGUUAUUGUAUAAAUUAUAUAGUCUUUUAUUUAUUUACUAUUAUGAUACAUUAAUUUACGAUUUUUAGAUGCUAUUGUAUGUUUUUUGGGGUUCAGGAGUAAUGGGGUGUGGUACACUAACAACAGAGUGCAAGCCAACCUUGUUAUCUGACUUGAUAUGAAGCUGUUGGAUUUAAAGACAACUUUUUUUUUUAAUGUAGCUGCAAAAUGAAAAGUUCAACAAAAUAAAGAAAUCCAUAAAAAUACAGGAAAUAUUAUUCUCAAAGGAUCUUAAAUCUCUUUUAUAUUCUGUCAAACUUUUUAAAAGAAUCUUUAAUUUAAUUCCUCAGAAAUCCAAGAAUUCAAGUCUAGGAGAAUCAUUUAUUUUAGAAAGCAUUUGGUAGAAUUAGUUGAGUUGGAAAUGAAACAUGCAAAAGUAAGUUGACCUGUUAGCUAAGAAGUGAUGUUUAAGUUGACCUGUUAGCUAAUAAGUGAUGGUUAUGUUGAAAUGAAAAGGAGGUUUUACUGUUGUUUUCAACUCAUAACUGCAGCUGUCAUUUUAAUAAGCAUAAAAUUAAGCUAUGUCAUCAGAAUAUUUUUAUGGACCUUUUGGCAAUGUUUCAUUAAAUAAAAUAAUUUUUCUUCUUAAUAAAAUAAUACUCUUGUGACAGUUAGUUUUAAAAAAUUUCUUAUAGUAAUUUGUCUACUCUAAUAAAUUUGUGUACUUUGAUACAUUUGUCUGCUCUCUGUUAGGCUCAGGUGCAACUGUUAAAAAAUUGUAUCACAGCAUUACAAGGAAGAGAGGAAUGAGUUUCUUGGAGAGCCAAUGGGAUGUGUACACCAUGUAUGACAUUCUGAUGUCUGGCACUACUUUAGGACAAUUCAUCUGUAAAUCAUCUUACUAUAUGUACCGCAUUGUUGAGAUACUUCAUUCAUUAGUCAUCUGGUGUGUGUAAGACUUUGUAAAGAUAUGUCAUUUCAAUGUGUGUACAAUGUUAUUUAAGAUAUGUCAUUUCAAUGUGUGUAGAAUGUUAUUUAAGAUGUCAUUUCAUUGUGUGUACAAUGUUAUUUAAGAAAUGACAUUUCUACGUUUUGUUAAUCUUCGUUCAACUAUGUGAUUCUUUUUAUUACGUUUAACAAUUGAUCAAACUCAACUAUUUAUAGAUUUGUUCGC